AUGGCCGCGCUGGCCCGCUGCCUUCCCCUUCCCCUGCCCCUAUUCCUGCCCCGUUUCUUGCCCCUGUUCCUGGCGCUGCUCCUGGCGCUGUCGGCGCUGCGCGGCCGCGCGCAGAGCUUCGGGCAGACGCGCUUCAUCUGCACCUCGGUGCCGCUGGACGGGGACAUGUGCGCGGCCACGGCGCCGGGCGGAGGUUCGGCCGAGGAGCUGAAAAGCACCGUGCUGCAGCUACGGGAAACGGUGCUGCAGCAGAAGGAGACCAUCAUGAACCAGAAGGACACCAUCCGCGAGCUGACGGCCAAGCUGGGCAGGUGCGAGAGCCAGAGCGUGCUGGACGGCGAGUCCAAGGGCGGGGGGGGAAGGAAGCAGGGCGGCUUCUCCAAGAACACCAUGGGCGACCUGUCCCGGGCGCCGGCCGCCGAGACCCUCAGCCAGCUCGGGCAGACGCUGCAGUCCCUGAAAACCCGACUGGAGAACCUGGAGCAGUUCAGCAGGAUGAACUCCUCCGGGCAGAGCACCAACCUGAAGGACAUCCUGCAGAACAAGAUCGACGAUCUGGAGAAGGAGGUGCUGUCCCGGGUCAACAGCCUGGAGGAGGGCAAAUACAACCCCAAGAACGAGUCCGAGGAGCGGGGCAAGAUCGAGAGCACCCUCACAUCGCUGCAUCAGCGCAUCAGCGACCUGGAGAAAGGCCAGAAGGACAACCGCCCCCCGGAUAGGUUCCAGCUUACCUUCCCUCUGCGCACCAACUACAUGUAUGCCAAGGUGAAGAAGAGCCUCCCUGAGAUGUACGCCUUCAGCAUCUGCAUGUGGAUCAAAUCCAGCGCCUCCCCCGGCAUGGGCACCCCAUUCUCCUACGCCGUGCCCGGACAGGCCAAUGAGCUGGUGCUCAUCGAGUGGGGCAACAACCCCAUGGAGAUCCUCAUCAACGACAAGGUGGCCAAGCUGCCAUUCGUCAUCAACGAUGGCAAAUGGCACCACAUCUGCGUCACCUGGACCACGCGGGACGGCGUCUGGGAGGCGUACCAGGACGGCACGCAGACGGGCAGCGGCGAGAACCUGGCCCCAUACCACCCCAUCAAACCGCAGGGCGUGCUGGUGCUGGGCCAGGAGCAGGACACGCUGGGCGGAGGGUUCGACGCCACGCAGGCCUUCGUGGGGGAGCUGGCACACUUCAACGUGUGGGACCGGCGGCUGUCCCCGGGCGAGGUGUACGCGUUGGCCACCUGCAGCAGCAAGGCGCAGGCUGGGAACGUCAUCGCCUGGGCAGAGGCCAACAUCGACAUCUACGGCGGGGCCACCAAGUGGACUUUCGAGGCCUGCCGUCAGCUCAAUUAGGGCCACGGACACGCGAGAGCCGCCUCUUCAUCGGGUUCUUUCAGUCAUUUGGGUUUUCCUCUUAUUUAUUUAUUUAUUUUGGUUGGGGUUUGUUUGUUUGUUUGUUUGUUUUUGCGCAAAACUGACUGAGAACGAAGC